CGAACGACAAACUUCCCGUGGAAUUGAGUAAUCGACGAUCAAGCGGAAGGCGGUACGAAACAGGGGCCUUCCCACUGCCGAGGACGCAAAUCUGAUAUCGAAAGCAAGAAUCGGAAAUGUCUACCCUUGCAGCAGCUAGAGCAGACAACUUCUACUACCCGCCAGAAUGGUCGCCAAAAAAGGGUUCCUUGAACAAAUUCAAUGGACAACAUGCUUUGAGGGAGAGAGCAAGAAAAAUAGACCAGGGCAUUCUGAUAAUAAGGUUCGAGAUGCCUUUCAAUAUAUGGUGUGGUGGUUGCAAUUCUAUGAUUGCUAAGGGUGUUCGGUUUAAUGCGGAGAAGAAACAAGUAGGAAACUACUAUUCUACCAAGAUAUGGAGCUUUUCCAUGAAAGCUGCAUGCUGCAAACAAGAAAUAGUUAUUCAAACAGAUCCAAAAAAUUGUGAAUAUGUUAUCAUUAGUGGGGCUCAGAAAAAGGUUGAGGAUUUCGACAAUGAAGAUGCAGAGACCCUUCUACUCCCAGCUGAUGAAGAAAAGGGAAAACUUUCAGAUCCAUUUUAUCGACUGGAACACCAAGAAGAGGACUUGAGGAAGAAGAAAGAAGCAGAGCCAGUUCUAGUGAGACUACAGAGGGUAUCUGAUAAUAGGCACUCAGACGAUUAUGCCCUCAACAAGGCACUCCGUGCCCGCCUCAGAGGCCAGAAGAAGAGAGUUGCAGAAGAAGAGAGUGCUGCAAGGAAAAAGGGGUAUGGGAUGCGGCUGCUCCCUAGCAGCAAAGAAGAUGCAGCUGCUGCUGCCAAAAUCAAAUUCGUUGGCAAGUUUGAGAGAAAUAGGAUGGACAAGAGAGCACUGAUACAUGCCACAUCUAUUUUUCCCGAAUCAGCUGUGUCUAGUAAAAAGCAUCUGGAGCUGGAAGCAAAGAGGAGGAGAAUAAGUGCAGCAGCAGCUAACAACUUGCUGACAGGCGGAUUCAAGUCUUCUUCGUGGUCGCAGAGUGCUGCUGCGCCUUCAAGGAGGUCCAAGUGAGAUAAGCGCGAGUGGCAGUUGCUUUUCUUAUACGGUGUUGUCUCUGCGAAGGAGGUUGGGGAUUGUAAAUAGUAAGUUGUUUUUCUGCCUUCUUCGCAGUGCAUUUUCGUUUGUUUGUGAGCGGAUUACAAUGAGUUUGUAGCGCCUGUUGUUGGCUGUUGUAGUUUUUUUGCAAGAUUCUUUGUUAUGGAUAAAAUCAAAGCUGAUACCUGUCAUGGACUGUUUCUGCUAGUGUAAACUUGACAGGAUCCGCAUACUCGAACCGAUUUCACUGCAGAAACUCCGACAAAGGGGAUGAUGUAUUGAUGUAGGCUUAAUGGUAACGUUCUGCAUUAUCUGUGCGUAAUGUCGAUUCGUGGACGUGUUCAUAACUCCGCCAAAACC